UAGCGAUCCGUCAGAUCCACAAAAACAAGGACGAGACAAAAGUUUGUAUGCUAGCCGUGAGUCCGUUUUCCGUUCCUAUUUUUUCAGUGGUGCAAAAGUGCUCUGUGUGUCUCUGUUUUUCUCGGUUUUCUCGGUUUGCUAGAUCCGGUUGCCGCACGGAAUCGGCAUCAGAAGUAGGUGUUUUUGGUGUUCAGUAGUUUCCUAAACUCGUUGGUGGAACAUAAUUUAGGAACGGUGAGGUGAAGUUUUAGGAAGUGCCGUUGCGUCGCGUUAUUCUGCAAGUGAAGAGGUGUUCCGCAGAAAGGCAGUUUCUAAGCUGACCCAGUUUGUAGUUUCCGUUGGGGUGGCCGUUUUCCAUUCCUUGUUUACGUAAAAACAAAAAAAAACAACAGAAACUGCUGUGUUCAUAAAUUUUAAGAACUUUUGUCUCUAUUUCACUGUCCUAUCUUCGUUGUGUAUUGUUGCUGUAUUGAUCGCUGGAGUGAGCGUGUGUUUGUGUUUUUCUAACACUAACAGCAUCAGCAGCAGCAGCAUCGGCAGUGUUGUGAGCCGUAAAAUUAAAAUCAGAUAGCAAAAAAAAAAAGAAAAACAAACGGGAGAAAUAGUGUACAUACUUGAAAGAGUGGCCGCGAGUGUUUGAAGGGCGAAACAGCUAGGAAAAAAAAACUACCACCAAAAACAAAACAAGAGCUGAUCGAAAAUGGCGGCUUUCAUCGCAAAGCAAAUGGUCGGCAGCCAGCUGAAUGCCGUUAAAGGAGCUGCUGGAGGCGCUGUAGGCGGUGAUGGCGGUGACGAUGAGAACGACAAAGAGAAGGAGGAGGAGGCCGAGCGCGAGCGCCAGGAGGCGAUCCGUGAGGCCGAGGAGCGACGGAAGGAGAAGCACCGUAAGAUGGAGGAAGAGCGGGAGAAGAUGCGACAGGAAAUUCGGGACAAAUAUAACAUAAAGAAAAAAGAGGAAGUGGUCGAGCAGGCACCACAGGAGGAACCCAACCCGCUGAUGCGGAAAAAGAAAACGCCCGAGGAACUGGCGGCCGAGGCUGAACAGGAGGAUCUGGACGACUUCACGAAUGGCGAUCCGUCAGCGAGUAAUAGAAAAUUGAAAAACUCCAUAGAGACGCAGGUGAACGAGAUCAAAACGCAGAUCGAGGGAAAAUGCUCCUUACAGUGAUUAUCCAUCAUCCGUAUUCAGCAGUAUAUUCAAUAAUAUUAAACCUAAUUUAAAGGAAGAGAGAAAAGAUGAAGAAGAAACACAGCAGAAUGCAAAUAUUAUAGUAAACAGAAUAGUAAUUAUUUAAAGAACAAAAAAACACAUGAAAUAAUUGAAAAAAUAUUUAAAUGUAAAAUUUUAAAUUAAACUUCAAAGACAACAAAACGUAGUAAACAGUGAAAGAAGGAAAGGAAGGGAAAAAUAUGCAUGAGUCGUAAACAGCAUUAUUCACCAUCACCACCACCACUCAAAGAACAGUUACUGGAACCCGAUAAAUGAAUAGAACAGAAGAAAACAUAUUCAUAGCAACAAAAAGCGACGCGACACUCCCAUUAAUCAGAGAUAGACCCCAUUUCUUCAUCGAGAGAGGCCCACAACAACAACAAGAACAAAACAACGUCAUACAAACGAUCGCAUCAUCAAGUUCAUCAAGAAGUGGUUUAAAAAAACAUAUAAAAAAAUUUACAUUGUUAAAUAGGACACCCAGGUGAAAUGAUAAACGAUCAUAUAGAGGAUGUGAUUUUGCAAAAAUGAACCCAUUCGUCAAUAGAUUUUCCGUUCCGGUUUUUGUGUAUUAUUUCUGUGUUAAAAAUAACUUUGUUCGAACGAGAAGUUAGAACGGAACCGAUAGUGUGAAGGAAACCUAUUAUAGCUGAUUAUGCUUCGAGUUGUAACCCCGAAUCCUGAACCAAGAUAACGAACGACAAGUAUUGUGAUAAACCAUCAUGAGGAGAGAACGAAAUAGAAACUUUUAGGGAGAUUGAUAGUAGGUAAACGGAAAGCCAACAUGUUUUUUGUUCAAUUUGUUUUUUUUUUGAGGCUGUUAAAAAAAUAUUAGACACUCCCCGGCGAUCCAAAACCAAUUGGCAGAGAGGGAAACCCCGAAAAUGUUAGCGAGUUAGAACCAAUUCAAAACGUUAAGUUCGAAGACCAUAGAAAAAUUGAGGAAUGUUGUUUAGAAAAGAUAAAUGAAAACGAAUCCAAAUUUUAGAUAAAUUCAUCUAACUGAUACAGUGCCGCGGUAUAUUCUGGCUUUGAUUCAGAAUGAAGUUAUAACGUAUUUACAUACAUAUUGGUUGUUGUUUGCGGUUAUUUGGCGUUAAUUCUCGCUUCAAAAGAAAUGUUAUAUUACUGUUUGAGAUUUGCUGCUAUUUAGCGAGCUAAAUGACCAACAGAAGCAAUCGUUCGCCCAAAUUCCUCGAUCUCGUUGCAAUAUUAUAUAAUAUGAAUGGUGUAAACUAGAUGUAUUUCAAUGUAAAUUUUGUUUUCUCCAAGUGCACUUCCAGAAACGAGGUGAUUUUAGAAUUGUAGUGCUGAAGAAAGAGUGCACUCCGUUUUUUUUUGUUUCUGGUUUCUGUAUGUAAAUUUUCUUUAGGUUCUGAGCUUUAUUUUGAUCUCCAAUUCUCUCUAUCCUGCAGAUGUGGAUACAUACAGGAUGAUCCAGGUCACAAUCGAUGGAAAAACUCACAUUUUAUCUGAAUAGAAAUCCGUAGUGCUCAAGUUCUCCAUCCUACUGUCGACUUCCUUCUACUUGAUAGUUAGAUCAAUAUAAACCCAUUGCCGUUGCCAUUCUAUCUGCGACUCAUACAAAAUGCAUGAAAACUAACUGUGUCCCCUAUUAGAGCGUAAUUUACCAAAUAACCAAAUAGAUAACAUCCACCAUAUCUACUACUUCAGUUAGUCCACAUCUUUCUGUUCAUUGUUUCUGUCGCGCCCAUGAAUGUCGUAUCGCUGGUAGUAAAUGUACUUUUUAAAAACAGUAAUCUACUGACAAAACAGCAAACAAACCAUACUCAACAAAAUAGGUUCUAUCAAUUCUGCAAUAAAUCACUGUACCACAACAACACAACACCGCUGAUAUACGAAACAAAGAGCGCAGCAUAUUUAUCUCUCUAUCCUAUCGUUAUAAACCAUUGAUUAGUGGAAAAGAAAAAAAACGAAAAUGAAAGCAAACAUUGAAUGAACGAAGAAGAAAGCUCAUAGUAUCAGAACAUUUACCCCUUAAACACUGGAAUUCUCUUCUCUAAUAGCGAAUACAACAAACGAAACAUUCCCAAACCCAUUUUCGAAUUGCAAUAACCAAAACGAAAAUCUGAUCUUCAAACAACCGACUCACGGUGUGCAAGGUUUCCAAUCAUGCUCGACCUGCAACAGGCUUCUAAGGCGGGCACCUUCUCACAUACAUACACUACCCAAAUGUCAAACCAAAUCUGAGUUUAGCAUGUCUAUCAUUGGAAAUUCGCGAGGAAGCCAACCGGAAACCGAAAAUUCCCCUAAUAAGAAAAAAGGGGAACCGAAAAAACAUAAUAAAACGUUUGUUUACAAUUGUUGAAGAGAAUUAAUGAAAAAGUUACACAUUAAAAAUAAAACACAAAAAACUGUUGAAAAACUCUGUUUUAUUUGUUUCCAUACUCUCUCUCAAUUCUCAUACUCUCAUCAUCAAUCAGACAAUGCACAUUCUCACCUAGAGCUUCCCACAGGCUUCCGAUAGUCGAGAUAUCUCCUCAGAGGUGGGUCCUCUCAACGCGCUAUCAACACUCCCAUCAUUAGCAAAGACUCAUCUUCACAGCAACCACAACAACAAAAAAAGAAAUAAAUCAACAUUCGAAUACAAUAUAUGUGUCAAUUAUUACCAUAUGAGGAAGGAUGAAAUGAAAAAUAAAAACAAACAGAGAGGCAUAUAUUUAAAAGCGUAGAAUGAACAGUAACACAUCGAAAAAGGGCCACAGUGGCGGGAGUGAAGCGAAUUUUCGCACCCUCCCCCUUGUACCCUUGUAUAACUUUCGGAGUACGAAGCUGUGCUUUAGCACGAAUGUUAAGGCUUGGAAUCGCUAGAACGAAAACAAAUGUGCAGUACCGGCCAUACAAAAAAUGGUAAAAACAGAAAAUAAACAGCCACUUCAAGCAAUUAUUAUUACUAUUAUUAUUAUUGAGUAUUGAACAUAAAAGUUAGGCAGUUGAAAAAAUGAAAACAUUUACACUAGAAGAAAAACAACAAAAGAUGCGUAUGUAAAUUUAGCAAAAAAAGAUCGAUUAUAUUAUUAAUCGCAAUAUAUAAUCUUAGCGAGAGGAGAAAAUUUAUUGGUUCUCGAUUUCCCUCAUUUGUCCAUACUAUUCUCAACACUAGCUGAUUUGAUCUCCACAUUAACUCAAGAGCAAUCGUAGAGGCUCUUGAUUACUCACUUAUCAAUUCUCAUCCUACUACUAGUACUAUCUAUAUACGCCCUACUACAUCAAACAAAGAAGAAUAUUACAUACUUAAUCUUAGAGAAACCACUCUUACUAGUGAAGCUAACCGAUAUCUAUUGAAACCAAACAUACCGAUACAUACUGUUGACAUAGGUCUAAAAAUUAUCUCGAUCCAACACUUUCGAUUCUCAGUUUUCCACUAUUUAUCUAUCUAUCAAACAUCCACUAAUCAUUGAAUUCGACAAGAGCAAGCGCAAAAGAAGAAAAACAUUGCAAAUGUAAACAUACGCAUACGCACCGCUAGGACGAAUUUUAGUCCCGUUGUUGAGGAAAUGUCAAUAGUUACGCUAAACCAGCACAGUUACAAGGCAAAGUUAUGUAGUGCCGGAUGCUAGAACAAAAACAAAAUGAGAAACAAAAAAAAACCAGAACACAAAACGUAUCUACCAAAAUGGAAACAGAAAAAAAAUAAACCGAGACCCCACUUUGAUGUUGUUUUCUGUGUUUUCUUUCCGCAUUUCUUCGUGUUAUGUGUGUGUGCGUGUGCUCGGUUGUAAACAAGAAUGUGUGCGUAUGAAUGUAUCUUGUUGUCACUGUGUGUAGAUUCUUUUUGUUUUUCUUAAAUGCGGACAUAAGUUAAGUCUGUCCGCCCUUCUGCUCGUUGUUGUAACACUUUGUAUGUGCUUCUCUUUGCUACUUGGUGUAUUGCGCUGUCGAAUGAUGAAUGCUUGAUGUUGCUUUCGAUGUGUCAUCGGGUUGGUUGUUAUGCUUCCGCAGUUGGUAAGUAUGCGGGGGUCCGCUUGAAGAUGUGUUGUACUAUAUAUGGAAUAGUGAUAGUGUUUUGAUUUAUUAAGACGCGUCCACAUUACGCCAAUCGGCCUUGGCCGCCUUGUAAAGCCGAAGUGGACGUACCGCCCGGGCUUGCCGACGUGCCGAAAACCGACUCGAAUCAAACCGUACUCAACCCGAAAUAAGUGGGUCCGGAUCAGGGGUAUGACUAAAACGUCAAAUCCCUCAUAUUGCCAGUGUACCCAAUAUUGCUGCGGUUCACUGACAUUUUGGUUCUGCCAAUUACUGUUGUUUACAACUCGGUCCGGUUAUAUAGUCGAAUAGUGGCCAACUUUAAACUCCAUGUUCAAUGUGAACACCUCCAUGUGAAACCGAAAUAUGAAAAUCGCUCAUGCAGUUAGAAAUAAAGCAGCGCAUUUUUCUUUAUUUUUACUAUCUCCGUGAUUUCAACGAUUUCAAUCUUCGCAAAUGAUAUGUUGGUAAACAAAUGACGCCAUAUUGAUUUUGAUUUUGGGUAGCCUAUAUUCAAUUGAUGUCUAACCCCUGGUCCGUAUCGUAGAAAGUCGAACCAAAACAAAACGAAGUAAAUUAGCGUUGACGACAUUUUGCUUCGUGUGUUCGUGACGGCUUCGUGCAUCCGAUGGGGCUUCGGUUUCGUGCACCCGAUGGGACGUCCACAUUACAUAACGAACCGAAUGUGCCGCCUGGUACAGGCCGAUCGGCAUCAUUCGGCAUAAUGUGGACGCGUCUUUAGAUGCUUAUUUGUGCGACAGAAACUAUGAGAAGGAUCAAUGAUGGACAUUUGAGAAAUUCGAUUGUCAUCGAAAACAGCUUGUUCUUGAUUAUUUGGAGUUUUUCCAUCAAAAAACUAUGUUUGAUAAAAAUACGAUAUUCCUUUUUUUUUGUCAUUUUCUAUGCGAGUGCUCAGGUAGUGACACUGUAGUUUAUGAACAAAGAAAUUAAAUGUCAUGAAACUUCACACGUAAGCUAGUGACAGAUGAACCUCUCGAAAUGAAUUUUGUUCAUUUUUAGUGGCGCCAUCUGUUGAAAAAUCCCGGAAAUUUUAAAUCCAUGUAGUAUAUUAAGAGCCCUUCAAAGUUGACGUACCGCAGUAUUGUUUCAGUGGAAACUCCAUUUUAGUGAUGUAUAAGGACUCAUCGCCUCCAAUUGAUGCAAUUGGAGAUGAUGAAUUUAAACAGAUGGAAAUCCUCCAAAAAGUACCAGAAAUUGUAGCAACCAUACAAGCCCUUCGGUAGUGUAGUGUUUUUUGUAUCCAAUUCAACGAAUUCCAAGGAAAUCUUGGUUUUCAGUCCAAUGCUUUCACAUGCAGUCUGACCGUUUCCGGGUUAUCGCCAGUGUGAGUCAAGAAUACAUCACCGCUACGAACCGUGGGCUGAACGGAGUCCUGAGAAUUCGUCAGAAUGUAGGGGAGGAGGGGGUAAAACGAACAUGUUAAGAAGAACUUCAAUUAUAUCUUUGGAAACUCAUGUUUCCCGAAACUUUGAUGCAGUUUCUUGCAAUUCAAAAUACUAUUGGUCAAAUAUUUUACAAAAUAGUGUUUUUCAAUGUUUUUACUAAAAUAAAAACAGACCGAAAAGUACAACAUUUUUUUCGAUGCGAGUAUAACGGACAUGUAGUGGGGGUAAUAUAGACAGGUUUGUAAUAUAUGAAGCGUAGAGGUUUCUCGAUCGCGAGAGGAAUAAUUUUAUUCAACCAAGGUCUGAACUCAUCACGAAUGUCCGUUAAAUGAUGAAAAACCCCACCCCACCAGUACAAUUGUUUCAAUAAUUUAAAUUUCAAUAAUUUUAAUUUAUUUUUUUCAAAAAUGAAUUUAUUUUUCCGUACAUAAUCAAUAUCGCUUCUCUGUUAACUCACAAACCGAAAUAUAACCAUCAGCGAAUUGAAUUUUAAUAUUAAACCACUCAAAAUGCUUAAUAUCGAAGCAGCUAAAAUUACAUCCUCACGCGGAAUCUUGUAUGAUUUUCGGUUUUUGUUUCCCUUUUCCACUUUUGAUCAGUAUUCAUUGCCAUAGGGUGACCUAAAUAUUAUAGAAUAACAUGUAGAAGGUGUUCUCAUUAACAGAAAUCGGAAAUUCAAAAUGUAACUAUAAAAUCAACCACCUGUCCAUAUUACCCGCGGUUCCCCUACCUGGUUUACAGAACAAAAAAACAACCACAGCCCAAGAAAACAUCGCUAUUGUUCCAAUUAGAUGUAGAAAUUUUGCAAUUUCUUUCGAUUUGCUUCUGUCUUUUCAAAAAUUUCAAAAAUAUAUUUUAACACAUAUUUCAACUUCUGAAUUCUCACUUCAAGGUUGAAAAUCUCAAAAGAGGUUAUUUCUGGAACAUGUGCAUCACAUGUUCAUGUGUACAGGAUAAUUAAAUUGACGACAUGUUUGUGUUUUUCUUAUCGAACAACGAAACUUAUUGAGAAAUCUUCUUCUUCUUCUUAAAUGGCACUAACAUUCCUAUGGGAACUUCGCCGUCUCAACAUAGUAUUACUGGCGUUAUUUUUAUAGUAGGGGAAAUGCGGUUAAAAUGAACAGAGUUGGUGCUUAAUUUCAGAUAAUUAAAUUAAAAAACCAAUCUAUACUUCUUGAUUAUCCUAUCCUUAAAACAUAUGAAGCUAUUUAAUACACCCUGUUAUGCAGUGAACUGUCAAAUGUAGAAAAAAAUAAAACAGAAAUUUCUCUUUCGGAUGUAAUUUUGCGCGCAUCGUAUUUAAGGAAUUUCCAAUGAAAUUUAAGUUAUUCGACCUGAUAUCUUCGACAAAUUAACAGUUUGGACGACUGUUCACAUAUUCGAUUAAGAGUAAACAAAUAUUUUGUUUGAUUUCAGCGAUUAAUUCGCAUUCGAAAUUACUUUGGUGUUUGGGGUAAAACGAGCCACCUCCAGAUAACAACUUACAAUGUUAUGUUUUCUGGAGCUGAUAUACCUUAUCACAUGUUGCCCUUCAAAGUGGUUCUUUUGUGGCUUUGACCCUGGGAAAAUAUGCCACUCCAAACAAAACCAAGCCUCAAUAUAUGAAGCGUUAUGUGUUUCUUACUACGUUCUUGUACGUAUGAGAAAAUUCUAAUUACUACUCUUGGUGAAUAGGUCUAGAUUAUUUCAUGGAUAUACAUACUUCCUCAAUAAUGAUUCAAACAAAUCUGGACAUAAAAACAACGUCUAAAUAUAAUCCAUUUAACAUGAUAUGUAAAAGCGAUCAUUUUAACCGCACACUAAAAAAAUGUUGAAUUUUACAACUAUUUUCGUUUUAAUGAAAUAUGUACUAUUUUUAUUUUUUAUAAUAAAAGCCGUUUGAUAUCUAAAGCAACAAUUAGUUAAGAUAUAAUAUCCUUCGAAGAACGGAGAUUGUAGCGGUAUGUGGACGCAGUAAAUCGGGAUAUUCCUUAGGGUGUUCAUUUUAACUGCAUUUCCUCUACUUAGUUGUGAUUUCUAUGCCAAAUAACACGCCUUGAAUGCAUUCUGAGUGGCAUGCUCUAGAACACGCGUGACCACAGCUCUAGAACACGCGUGCAAGCCGGAAGAAAUUUCUUUGACGAAAAACUGCCCCGACCAGAACGGUAAUCGAACUCGAACUCGACCUUCAAAACCAUGUUUCGCACCGUUUGAGGUAUCACACAGAUCAAAAACACACUCUCUGUUUGUUAUUUCAGGAGCUGAUGAACCUCGAUUUUUAUUAACUUUUGAUACGAUAACCCUUCAUUUCGAAAAAUUAUCUCUGAAGGACGUCCUGAUCGUGUUGCUGGUUUGAAAGAACCACUUUUUUAACUAUUGAACUAGUUUAGCAAUCGUAUCUUUGCACAGUCGGAUGAUAUCAGAAAUUUGACGGCAGCUUUCGUCGAUGACAUCGUAUUCAGUUUUCGAACACUUGGAGAAACAUGUUGGUUUUUGGGCAUAACGCCGAACCCGUUUUAUCCUACCAAAUACAGAGUAUUGCUUUGGCACCGUAGAUAUUCGGCUUCGGUGUGAUGCUGCUGAUUGACUGGGCUUUAAAUUGCGUUUUGGAUUGUCAUAGUGAAUCCAUUUUCCGUCCCCGAUAGCGAUUCAAUACAAAAAAGAUUUUCUUUUGUGCCUUCCGCUACUCUAUUCUUCCAAUGAAAACAGAAAAUCUAAAUUUAUCAUUGGGAAACAUUAAAAAUUACUGGGAUUUUAGGAUCAGGUAAUCCUCGGCAGUGUUUUUCACAAAUACACAGUAAAUCCGCAAACUUGUCACUGUCCUUAUCACUUGGCUGCUAUUGAAAAACCACUUUUUUGAGCUUCUAAGAAUUAAGCAAUGGCAUGUUUACGUACUCGGUCAGUAUCAGUCAUUGACGGAGGGAUAGUGUGACAACAUUUUUGUUUUUAAAGAAAAUGCUUUAUUUAUCAUCUAAACGAUAUAAUUAUAUAAAUUUAGAUGAUAAAUAAAGCAUUUUCUUUAAAAACAAAAAAUGUUGUCA